AUGUCCAGUGUUGCCCUUGGUUUAGGACUCGUUUCUCAAUCGGUUUUUGUUGGUGGAAAUGUUGCAAUUGUCUCCAUCAUGAUCCCUCUUCUUCGCCAAAACUUUGUAUCGGAUUCCACCAGAGUUAAGCAAUUCAGCUUGCUAUACGACCGUGGCGCCGUGCUUAUGGCAAGUUCGGCUCUAGUUAGUACUGCUUCGUAUGCGUGGUUAUAUUUUUAUGGUCCACAGUUGUAUGCUGGUGAUUUUUUGAUCAGUGCAUUGGCAUCGUUCUCGCCGCUCCCCGUGACUUGGUUGGUGGUUUAUCCCUCAGUGGCUAGAAUGAAGCUGAUGUUGGCCAACGAAAGUGCUCAGGUCAAUUCUGACGAGCACAUUCUUAAAUGGACCUGGGCUAGUAGCUUCCGUGCCGCUUUGUUCUCGGUGGGAUGUGUGUCGUCGUUGCACUAUGUUCUUUCGUCGGUGUUCCCUGGUUGA